AUGGCAUAUUUGAAAGCCACUCAUGUAACAGGUAUAUCCAUUAUGCUUUCUUCCCUGACUCACAGUCAGGUUAGGCGCUUACCUCGGGCGUGGUGCGGUCACGGAAAAGAUCAGAGGAUCCAAGAUGAGACCAAGGCCAGAGCAGGCGGAUUCUGCGAGAUUUUUCCUGGGUCUCCACUGCCGCCUCAGACAAUGAAAUCAGCGUGUCCGAUCAUCAAUUCUCAUCAUGAUCGUGACGUCACAAAAGACAGCGGCCAAUGGGAGCCCGAGAUCAGCUCCGGACAGUCCCUGGCCUCAGCCCAGAACCCAAGAAACAGCCCUCUCAAUGCCUUAAGUGUAACGGUCUCUGCCAGGGAUUUGGAUGCUGGGAUGAAUGGGAAUGUAGCCUACUCUCUGUUUCAAGGUGGCGGAGUUUCUCAACCAUUUUUAGUCGAUGAGGUCACAGGAGAUAUUCGUCUGAGUGAUGAGUUGGAUUUUGAAGUAACUAACUACUAUAACAUAGAAAUCACAGCCACAGAUGGCGGUGGCUUUUCAGGGAAAUGCACUGUGUCUGUACAGGUGUUGGAUGUGAAUGACAACGCCCCAGAGCUGACUAUCAGAAAGCUCACAAUUCCUAUUCUAGAAAACUCCCCAGAGACUGUAGUUGCUGUUUUCAGUGUUUCUGAUUCAGAUUCCGGGGACAAUGGAAGGAUGGUGUGUGCUAUUCUGAAUGAUCUCCCGUUUCUCUUAAAACCCACUUUCACGAACUAUUACACUUUAAUGACAGAGGGGCCACUAGACAGAGAGAGCAGAGCUAAGUACAACAUCACCAUCACAGUCACUGACAUGGGCACACCCAGGCUCACAACACAGCAAACCAUAACAGUUCAGGUGUCCGAUGUCAACGACAACGCCCCCUUCUUCACACAAACCUCCUACACCCUGUUUGUCCAAGAGAACAACAGCUCCGCCCUGCACAUAGGCACCAUCAGCGCCACAGACUCAGACUCAGGCUCCAAUGCCCACAUCACCUACUCUCUGCUGCCCACCCACAACCCGCAGCUGGCCCUCUCCUCACUCAUCUCCAUCAACGCCGAAAAUGGGCAGCUGUUCGCGCUCAGGGCGCUAGACUAUGAGGACCUGCAAACCUUAGAGUUCCACGUGGGCGCCACAGACCAAGGAUCGCCUGCUCUCAGCAGCCAGGCACUGGUAAGAGUGCUGGUGCUGGAUGCCAACGACAAUACGCCCUUCUUGCUCUACCCGCUGCAGAACUCCUCUGCACCCUGCACAGAGCUGCUGCCCAGGGCGGCAGAGCCAGGCUACCUGGUCACCAAGGUGGUGGCAGUGGACCACGACGCUGGACAGAAUGCCUGGCUGUCAUUCCAUAUUUCUCUUUAG